AUGCUACAUCUGGAUUUCCGAGAAACCCUUACGACCAACAGUUGGUCUCAGACAGGUUUGGAGAACACGACUGUUAGCAAUGACGAACAGUCACAGGGCUGUGGGUUUGAAGACAUUACCCAACAGCCAUCAGCGUGGCCUACCUACACUUGGAAGGAAUCAACGCUAGGCAGCCAGUGGAGUGAAACCACAUCUUAUCCAGGGUCUAUCAGCGCCCCAUCUACGGACCGUUUUGAAGAAACCUGUAGCGGCUACAGGGGCCAUUUUGAGUCAGGUAACCAGCUGACUACGGCAUCCAUACAGCAAAAGGGCUGCCUUCAACUAUGGCGCUUUCUAAUUGCAAUGCUCGAUGACCCAAACAGCCAGCAUCUCAUCUGUUGGACUGGUAGGAAGUUGGAAUUCAAGUUGAAUGAGCCGGAGGAGGUAUGA